AAAAACUCAACAUUACUUUCAGAGCAGUUAUCUGCAUCCAAAAUAUAGUAUAUAAUAAUACUUACCCUAGUCAUAAAGUUCUUAUCUCUAAACUCAAUUUACCUAAUGCUGUUAACACUUUAGAUAAUAGUUUAGAGGUCUCACCUUAG